AUGCAAUCUCACAUCAAUUACCGUCUUGACUUCCUUGUAUUACUUGCGAAUAUCUUCUUGCCGCCGACCGUGUUGGUUUAUGGCUUGCUGCUGUUCGAUGUGCUUCCCUAUGUCGUGAGGUCAAGUUCAUUCCUUAGGAUCUCCUCCUAUCUUCUCGUAUAUCUGAGCUACUGGGCUGCCAAUGUCAAGUACAAGCAGCUUAAGAAUGAGCUGGAGGCAUCGCGCCGAGGGAGCGUCAUGCCGGUGCGCUUGAGAGGCAAAUGGCCAGGCAAUAUAGACGUCGUUGUGGAUGCCGUCAAAAGCUACAGAACUGGAUAUGCACUGGAGUUCUACGAAAGACGACUCAAUGAAAACAACUGUGACACACUGAACCUAAGGUUCUUCUGGACGGACCUGUACUUGACGAGGGACAACCGCAUUAUAAAAACCGUCCUCACCACAAACUCAAAUUUCGGAGUUGGGCGUUCCACCCAGACUCAAAUGCAUGACCUAUUUGGUGAUGGCAUUAUUAUGUGCCAAGGAGAGGCAUCAACAGCACAUCGGGCUCUCGUUCGGCCCUUCUUCGGUGGGUAUCUGCCGUUCAGGGGAAAAGGCACUUUCAUCAUGAACUCGACAGCACGAGAGCGUUCAAGGGAUUUCCAACUUUCCGAUCGAUAUCUGCAGAAAUGCAUCGGGGCUAUGCGCAGCCGCGCUCAGUCAAAUAAGCCAGUGGACUUUCAAGACAUAUUCCGGCGUUUCACAUUCGAUGUGGCAGGAGAGUUGUUGUUCGGGACUGAUAUUGUUAGGACCUUGGACGAACCUUUGCCAGAACCAGAGCAAACCACUGUAGAGGAUCAAGAAUCUAGCGCGAAAGGAAGUUAUAGUGAAUUUGCCCGUGCAUUUCAUCAGCUUCAAGUGCUUACGCUGGACCGUCAACGUUCGAGUUACUUUUGGCCCGUCAAGGAGUUCUUCAAGAACAAAACCACUACGUAUACUCAAACGGUGGACUCAUGGAUCAUGCCCCGUGUGAUGGAGGCGCUUAACAAGAAGGAACUACGAGAAGGCGAUGCCAAGAGUGACGAAGCUAGCUUUGUUGAUUAUCUCGUUGACUCUACUGGGGACUUGAAAUUCAUCAGAGACGAGUUGCUCAAUGCGUUGAUAGCUGCAAGGGAUGACUUGGCGUCUCUUUUCACAUUCGUCAUGUACGCUCUCAGCAUUCACCCUGAUAUUACUUCGAGGCUACGAGCGGAAGUGAUCGACACCGUGCCUGAAGGCUUACCAUCAUUCGAUCAAAUUCGAGAGAUGAAGUACUUACGGGCCGUUAUCAAUGAGACUCUUCGCCUCUUCCCACCGGUCGUACUCUCGGGUCGUGCUUCGAGGGAAUCAUUCCUCCUUCCCCCUGAUCGAACUUCGGAGGAUAAACCCAUAUUUAUACCUGGGAAUGAUACUCUUAUUAUCUUCCCAUUCUUGCUAAUGCAACGACGCAAGGAUCUAUGGGGUGAAGAUGCGGACCAGUUCAAACCCGAGCGAUGGUUGGAUGAACGUCGGACCAUGAAUUUCGAUUCUUCGGCGUUCCUCCCAUUUGGGGUCGGACCCAAGAGGUGCUUAGGACAAAGUUUCGCAUACCAUCAUACUAGCUUUGUGAUCAUUCGGCUUUUGCAAGUUUUCGAUUCCUUUGAACUACGCCAAAAAGACGGUGCUCCACCUGGUUCCUGUCCUCCAGAUUCUUGGCGUAAUGCGGGAGGGAGAAAAGCCAUUGAACAAGUAUGGCCAAGGGUUGCUGUCGCAUUAUUUGCACAGGGUGGCUUAUGGAUAAAACCAGUUGUCGCUUCGCAAAUGGCUCAAGGUUCAAGACUGGAGUCCUAAUGAUCUUGUUUCAGGUUCAUUUGUGGAUUUCAAAAGCUGCCAUUCGUACUGGGCGUCCCGUAAGAUAGCAUCGACUCAUUCAGCGUUAGUGCCAGCACGGAGGUCUCGGGGGAUGAUAAAUUCCAAGCACAUUAACGCGAGAUAAAUUGUAGUAGCGGGUUAGGUCAA